AUGCCACCGACGUACGGUCCAGUACCCGACGAGGAUGGAGAGAAUGUCCCACUAGCUCCUUCACCUCAGACACCGAAAAAGAGGAAAGAUUCCUUAGGUCUGUCAGACGCGUCAUCAACUGAAUUCAGAGAUCAACUCGAGGUAGAACCGUUCGACGAGAAAGGUGAUAGGUUCAGGGACGAUCCGAGAUUGGAGGAUGAGGUUGGUAAUGGAGAUGGAGAUGAAGAUGAACAAGGAUAUAUCGUACAACCUCCACAGAGGCUGCGAUCUCGUCAGAAAUCACGAAAGAUCCUGGCUAUCCUCAUAGCCAUCCUUGCAUUUGCAGCUGCUAUAGGAGUACUAGCAGCUUCUGGCUAUUCUGCACCGACUUUUGGGAAGAGUGGGAAUCAGAGGAUAACGAUGGAUCAUGUGUUCAAUGGAACAUUCAACGCUUGGAGUAAGCAGCUCGAUUGGGUCAAACAGGCCGCCGAUGGUACUUUCUCCCACAUCAACAAAGACAACAACAUCGUGCUCGCCGACGUGCACAAUAUGACUGAAGAGACAGUCCUAGUCGAGUCAUCCAAAGUGGUUGACGAACAUGGAAAUAGAUUACACUGGCAAUCAUGGUGGUUAUCUGCUGAUAUGGAAUACGUCCUAUUCAAGACUGAUCACGUUAAACAAUGGAGACAUUCAUCCUUUGGGAAUUACUGGGUUCAUCGACGUUCCGAUUCUACUACUUUUCCCGUCAUCACUCCAUCGAGUCAUCCGACAAUCACUAAAUGCGUUUGGUCGCCUGUCGGACACGCUCUGGCAUUCGUAUCGAAGAAUGAUCUAUACGUAAUAACCGAAGAAGAGAUGCAUUCUACAGGUAGACCCAAAUCGACUAGGAUCACAACGGAUGGUAGCGAGACGAUUUUCAAUGGUGUUCCAGAUUGGGUAUACGAAGAGGAAGUAUUCGAAACUGAUUCGGCACUUUGGUGGUCACCCGAUGCUGAAUCUAUAGCUUAUCUAAGGAGUGAUGAGUCGGCUGUGAAAGAUUUCAAACUUCAGUAUUAUAAUCCUUCAAAUGACGCUUUUGAGGUUCACCAGUAUGCUACGGAGUUAGACAUGAAAUAUCCUAAACCGGGCACACCCAAUCCAUUAGCCACGGUCCAUACAUAUACCAUAUCCUCUCAAAGUCGACAUCAACUAGCUUGGGAAGGUGAGAUGCCGCUUGACAAUCGGAUAAUCAUCGAAGUAGGCUGGGUAGCAGAUAACGGUUUGUUGGUCAAGGAGAUCGAUAGGGCUGCUAGGAAAGGAAAUGUAGUGUUGUUCCAGGAUGGGAAGACUCAAGGUGAUAUAGUGAGGAUUUUAGGUAAAGAGGGGGAAGAAGGUGAUGAUGGGUGGAUUGAUCAUGGCCAGAACGUCAUUCCCGUCAUGGGUGCACUUGAAGGUUAUCUCGAUAUCGUACCUAAUGAGGGAUACAACCACAUCGCCCUCUUCAGUCCCAUCAAUGCUACUAAGCCUAUAUGGAUCACUUCGGGUGAAUGGGAAGUAACCCAGAUCUCAGGCGUGAAUGUCGAUAAAGGUAUCAUCUACUUCACGGCUGCGACACCAUCGAUCGAUCGACAUAUCUAUUCUGCACCUAUGCCGACAUCGACAACCGAGCAAUACGAUCAGACUUUCACUGCUUUGACCGAUAAUUCCUCACCUGGAUAUUACGAAGCGUUUUUCUCGCCUGGUGCUGGAUAUUACGUUCUUGGGUACAGAGGUCCGGAAGUACCUUGGCAAAGAUUAUUGGAGACAAAUCCUGGAGAAGAGCCCAUCAAUGUACUUCUUGAAGGCAAUCCCCAGCUGAAUCAGACGUUGAGCGAGUUUGUAAGGCCGAUCAUUACCAGGCAAACCAUCGAGAGUGACGGAUAUGAGAUCAAUGUUCUGGAGAUGCUGCCUCCCAAUAUCGACACAUCAGGCCGAAAGAAAUACCCAGUCUUGAUGAGAGUAUAUGGUGGACCAGGUUCUCAGAUGGUACACAAUCGAUUCGAACGCGAUUGGCAUUCAUACCUAGUAACUACUUUGAAAUACAUCGUAGUGGUUGUAGAUGGCAGAGGUACCGGAUUCAAAGGUCGAAGACUACGUAAUCCGGUCAUAGAUGAUCUGGGGCAUUGGGAAGUUGUGGAUCAGAUAAAUGCAGCGAAGGAGAUGGCAAAGAGAAGUUAUGUAGAUAGGAACAGGAUUGGAAUAUGGGGAUGGAGCUAUGGAGGUUAUAUGACUUGUAAGACUAUCGAGGCGGAUUCAGGUAUAUUUACGUUGGGAAUGGCUGUAGCACCAGUUACCGACUGGCUAUACUACGACUCCAUCUACACCGAGCGAUACAUGUCUGUUCCAUCAUCCAACCAAGACGGAUAUGUUCGAAGCGCGGUGAACAACGUCACUUCUUUCGCGGGCGAUAAAGUGGAUUUCAUCUGGGCUCAUGGAAGUGGAGACGAUAAUGUCCAUUAUGCCAAUUCGGCGAGCUUGUUAGAUAAGUUGACGCAGGAACAGGUCAGAGGUUGGAGAUUUAGGAUGUUUACUGAUUCUAAUCACUCGAUGGAUAAGAGACAAGCUUAUAGAGAAGUAUAUGAAUGGAUGACGGAUUAUCUGAAAGAGAAGUGGGGAGUAGGCGGGAAAAUACAUCAUUAG